ACGGGCCAGCUUUAUCCAGCAAAAGUUCAAGACCUACUUUUAAUAAAAUAAGAAAUUUUCAGAAAGAAACUUAUAAGAGUGAAUUCGAGAAAUUGAAUGUUUGAUUUUGAAAAUUUUAUAGCAGUCGGCUACGCUUCGAGAGAUGCGAAAAAUGAUUUAUAAUAAUUUGGGACUACUUCUUGUCGCGCACAGUCGCCAUUGCUAUUCUUCUGAUCACAGAAUCUUUGUGAACCUCGGUGACGCGUAGACUGCGUAUUGUCCCGUCAAAUUUCCAAAGUUCUUUGGAAAGUUUCAGUAUUUUGAUUGGCAUUACGGAUAAAAAUUCACAAUAAUGGCUUACAGAGACCGCGACCGCGGUGAUAGGCGCGGUGGAGGUAGCAGUCGUGGAGGUCGUUUUAGCAGUCGUGAUGGUGGUAGUAGAUUUAGUGGAGGAGCAAGUCGUGACAAUAGCAGUUUUGGUAGCUCCUUCAAGAACAAGCAGCCUGGUGAACGCCUGCGAAAACCAAGAUGGGACAUGAGUACAUUGCAACCAUUUAGAAAGGAUUUCUAUCAGCCACAUCCUAAUGUGUCAGGCCGCAGUCAACACACCGUCGAAGCAUACAAAUCCGACAAAGAAAUUACAGUAAAAGGAACAAAUAUUCCAGGACCCAAUGUCUUUUUCGAAGAAGGUGGCUUCCCUGACUAUGUCCUUAAUGAAAUCAGAAAACAAGGCUUUGGAGAACCUACGGCCAUCCAAGCACAAGGAUGGCCAAUUGCAUUAUCAGGAAGAGACAUGGUAGGGAUAGCACAAACAGGAUCUGGAAAAACUCUAGCCUAUAUCCUGCCAGCCAUUGUACAUAUAAAUAAUCAACCACGCCUAACAAGAGGUGAUGGACCGAUAGCUCUAAUUCUGGCUCCUACAAGAGAAUUAGCACAACAGAUCCAACAGGUAGCAUCUGACUUUGGAGUCUCAUCGCAAGUAAGGAACACAUGCAUCUUCGGUGGAGCUCCCAAAGGACCUCAAGCUCGAGACUUAGAACGUGGCGUAGAAAUAUGCAUCGCCACACCAGGUCGUCUAAUAGACUUUCUAGAGCGGGGCACGACAAAUCUACGUAGAUGCACAUAUCUAGUACUAGAUGAAGCUGAUAGAAUGCUCGAUAUGGGCUUUGAGCCUCAGAUUAGAAAGAUAGUCGAACAAAUCAGACCUGAUAGACAAACUCUCAUGUGGUCAGCAACAUGGCCGAAGGAAGUGCGAAACCUAGCUGAAGAAUUCUUAACGGACUACAUCCAGAUCAACGUUGGUUCUCUACAACUAGCAGCCAAUCACAACAUCUUGCAAAUCGUCGACGUCUGCGAGGAGUACGAGAAGGAGGGCAAGCUGAUGAAACUCCUGGAGGAAAUAUCAAACGAACCAGAGAAUAAAACAAUUAUCUUCGUUGAAACUAAAAGAAAAGUCGACGAUAUCACCCGCGCCAUCAAUCGAUACGGAUGGCAAGCGAUUGGAAUACAUGGUGAUAAAAGUCAGCAGGAAAGAGAUUACGUAUUAAAUCAAUUCCGGAACAGCAGAUCCUCCAUCCUCGUGGCUACUGACGUGGCUGCACGAGGUCUAGAUGUGGAGGACGUCAAAUUUGUCAUUAAUCUCGACUACCCGUCUAACUCCGAAGACUACGUUCAUCGCAUCGGUCGUACAGGACGUUCGCAGAGGACGGGUACAGCCUACGCCUUCUUUACGCCUGGCAAUUCCCACAAGGCCAAUGACCUGAUCCAGGUGCUCGAGGAAGCUAAGCAGGUCGUUAAUCCAAAGCUCUACGAGCUGUCUAGGAAUCCCGGCGUUUUCAAGAGAGGACGUUACGGUGGCCGCAGUGGCGGCGGAUCCAGAGGAUCCGGAAGUCGUGGAGGAGGAGGUUCCCGAGGAUCUCGUGGAGGUCGCGACGGGGAUAGAGGAGGAAGGUUUGACCGUGGUGGUGGCGAUCGUGGAAGUAGCAAGUGGGGCGGAAGCAAUGGUGGUAGUGCCAGUGGAGGUGGUUAUAAUAGUAAACCGUAUCAACAAAGCAGUUACAGUAGCGGAACUGGUACAAGCAGUACUGGAGGUUACGGACAAAAUGGCGGAGCAUAUAGUAGCGGUGGUGGUGGCGGUGGUGGUAGUGGUGGUGGCAGUAGCAGCAGUUAUAGACAACAAAAUGGUUAUUAACUAGCGCGGUUGUAACUAUUUCCUCUAUGUACAUUAAUACAAAAGAGAGUAGAAGGGAGAAGAGAAAAGUUUUUGGGAGAGAGAAUGGUCUGUAUGUGACAAAAAGAAAAAGAACAAAAAAAAACAGGAAAUUUAAGAAACAUUACGAUAGCGACUAACUUUUCCUUGGUUUUUUUUUUUUUUUUUCGAGAUACGAUACUCGACAGAAACGAAAUUUCGAUUUUAAAUUAGCGCGAAGCGCAAUUAAAAGUAGACAUUACCGAGAUCGGUAGUUUUUCUUUAUGAAGUAAAAAAAAGGCAUUCUUUGUCUUAUUCAUUUAUUCACUGAAAAAAUAUAUAUUUCCUUUUACUUAUGGAGUAAGAUACUAGGUAAAAGGUUAGAUCUAAAACUGCGCAAUACAUUGCAAUUUAAGUUUAAGCUGAACGGAGAAAAUUGAAUUAUGACAAUGUAGCAUUAAAAAAAAAAAAAAUAAAAAAUACAAAAAUCA